GAACAGUCGUCGUCUUCUCUGCGCUAGGAAAAUUAAGAAGUUAUUAAUCUCUCUCUCUUGGAGUUUGCUCACCCACCUCAAACCCUAGCGAGCGAAAUACCUAGAUCAUCUGGCGAAGACGAUGAAGAUUAAAACGCCAUUGACGGAGCUCAAGCUCUCCGUCCCAGCUCAGGAAACCCCAAUCUCUUCCUUCUUGACUGCUAGUGGUACAUUCUGCGAUGGAGAUUUGCUUCUGAACCAAAAAGGGCUGCGGCUGAUGUCUGAUGAGAAGGAAUCAAGACCCUCUGAAGGCAAGGAGCUUGAUUUCGAGAUUACCCCAGCAGACCUUGAGAGUGUGAAAGUCAUCGGAAAAGGAAAUGGCGGUGUGGUGCAACUUGUCCGGCACAAAUGGGAUGGCAAGUUAUUUGCUAUGAAGGUCAUCCAAAUGAAUAUACAAGAGGAAAUCCGCAAACAGAUCGUCCAGGAGCUGAUAAUAAACCAAGCAUCACAAUGUCCACAUGUUGUGGUUUGCUAUCAGUCCUUUUAUCACAAUGGAGCGUUUUCCCUUGUCCUAGAAUACAUGGAUCGUGGCUCUCUUGCAGAUGUGAUAAAACAAGUGAAGACAAUCCUUGAGCCAUACCUCGCUGUUGCUUGUAAACAGGUUUUGCAAGGGCUCGUGUACCUGCACAACGAAAGACAUGUCAUACACCGAGACAUAAAACCGUCGAACCUCCUUGUAAACCAUAAAGGGGAAGUAAAAAUAUCAGAUUUUGGUGUCAGUGCAUCUCUGGCUAGCUCCAUGGGUCAGAGGGACACCUUUGUUGGAACUUACAACUAUAUGUCGCCCGAGAGAAUUAGCGGGAGCACGUAUGAAUACAGCAGUGACAUCUGGAGUUUGGGUUUGUCGGUGUUAGAAUGCGCCAUAGGACGAUUCCCUUACUUACAAUCCGAAGAUCAGGAGAACUCUCCUAGCUUUUACGAGCUCUUGGCUGCCAUUGUAGAAAGUCCACCACCAACUGCUCCUCCGAAUCAAUUCUCACCCGAAUUCUGCUCCUUUGUAUCAGCCUGCAUACAGAAAGAUCCUCGGGAUAGAUCCUCGUCUUUGGACCUAUUGCGUCAUCCCUUCAUAAAAAAGUUCGAGGACAAGGACAUCGAUCUUGGCAUUCUUGUUGGAAGCUUGGAACCACCUGUUAACUACCCUAGAUAAGUCUCUUCUGCUUCUGCAUCACUUCAUCCCUAUCGCAUUUGGUAUAUGAUGUGAGAUGAUGAUGAUGAUGAUAAUUUGAUGUUCAUCAAUCCUUAUCAUGUCAAAGCCAAUGAUGCUCCAUGUUCUUUUUAUUAUGUACAGAGUCAAUGCUAUAUGAACAUAUGAGUAUGGUAUCACAUGAUGCAUGUGAACAGACGCAUGAAUAGAAAGGUGGGUGUUAUAUAUAUAUAUACACACACACACAUUUUCAUAGUUGUGGGACUAUUGAAGGAUAAGAUUAUUACACAUAGAUCCUACCAACGGAAAACAUGUGGCGGUGGUGAGUCAUGGGUACGAUUUGGACGAGUCAACUUCGGUUUCCAUGUAUUCUCUUCCACACAAAUGUUUUGUUUCGAGUCAGCAUUUUGAUAUCUUAAAUUAAAUUUUUUUUUUCCCUUUUG